UACAGCACUGUUGCAGAACACUCAUCAUCAUCAUCUUUGAGGCGAUUUCAAACAGCGGGGAUCAGAAAGUGCAGCAGUGAAGUUGCACGUGGACAGCGAGCACGGACACACACACACGGUGGGCAUGAGCUGCGUCUUCUCUGACAGGCGGCGCGAGCUGUGGCGCGAGGCCACCGCGGAGGUAGGAUGACAGUGACACCGCGCUGUGGCACGUGUCACAUGGCGCGUGGACCGGUCACUCCACGGCGAAAAGCCACACACACAUAUCAGUGUGAACGGCAAGAAGCCAUCUGCUGUCAGUGUGUGAGCACGAGUCCACCGCUGAGGACGCAGCCGCUCAGGAUGCCUCACAGGAGCAAGAAGGAGAAGGGCUCCAGUAAGAAAGUGCCUCCCGCAACUCAGCUGAUGAGGGUGAAGCCGCCGGGGUCACACUCGGCCACGAGGAAGGAGAAGAGGUUCAGCACUUCCUCCUUCCCGCUCAGCACCAACAGAGAGCUCCAGAAGCUGCCUGCGCUCACAGCAUGACAGACGGGAUCAGGCCUAAGUGGUUUCCUGUAAACGACACCCGGCUAUGCUUUGUUAUCGUACCCCAACGAGCUCGGUGACACUACGGAGAAACCGUGGAGCGACGCGGCCGGAGGAAGUUUGACGGGAAACCAAUUCAGUUUUAUCAAUUAACAAAAACUGCUGUG